UGGAGACAAGGUGUCUGUGGUCAUGUCUAGCUCCAUGUCAAAAGCAGAAAUGCUGAGACUGUUGGUGAAAGAGCGACUGGAUGCGGCCGCCGAAGACAUAUUCAGGCUGUUUGCCACAAAAAUAGCAGAUAAGAAGGAGGAACUUACUCGUUUAAAAGAAAAGGAGAGACAGGAAAAACUACUGGAAGUUCAACUACACAGAUCAGGUCACUAUAAUAACCGCGGUCUGGACCAGGAGGACCCAGAGAGGCGACACAUUAAAGAGGAAGAGGAGGAACUCUGCAUCAGUCAGGACGCAGAGCAGCUUCAAGCACCGGAGGAGGCCGAUGUCUCAAAGAGGGAAGAUGACGAAGAGAAACAUCCGUCGUCACGGCUCCAUCCGAGCCAAGCUGACGAGAGCAGAGAGGCCGAGGCUCAACAGAUGGAAACAGAAGCUGAGGGAGAGGACUGUGGAGGAUCAGAAGCAGACGCACACUGUCAUCUAUCAUCAUCACCACCUAUCACAGGACAGAAACCGUUUGGUUGUAAUGUUUGUGAGAAAAGAUUUAGCUACAAGAGCGUUCUGCAGAAACACAUGAGAGUUCACACAGGAGAGAAACCGUUUGGUUGUAAUGUUUGUGUGAAAAGAUUUAGCUACAAGAGCGUUCUGCAGACGCACAUGAGAGUUCACACAGGAGAGAAACCUUUUGGUUGUAAUGUUUGUGAGAAAAGAUUUAGUCAGAAGGGCGAUCUGCAGAGACACAUGAGAGUUCACACAGGAGAGAAACCUUUUGGUUGCAGUGUUUGUGAGAAAAGAUGUAGUCAGAGGAGCACUCUGCAGACGCACAUGAGAGUUCACACAGGAGAGAAACCACAUGUGAAGAAAGUAGUUUCCUACAGUUCAUAGUUAAAGAAGCACUGCGGAUGUUUGAAUCAUUUAAAAUUGUUGAAGAAAUGGAUGAGGAAAAUGAAAUUGAAUAUACAAACACAAAAUAAAUACUUUGAGCCUUGAGUGAUUUCGGGUCUUUGUCAUCGUUCUGUUUCACAGCUGUCUCCGUUGCUUUUUGAUUUGAUUAG